AUGGGCCACAACUAUUACGGUGAACCGGCGUGGCCGAACGACUUGCUUUACAUUUUCCCGGUCGUUAUCCUCGGAACCAUCGCGUGCUGCGUCGGCCUCGCCGUCAUGGAACCGACCCAGCUCGGCGAGCCGGCGGACCCGUUCGCCACGCCGCUUGAGAUCCUUCCGGAGUGGUACUUCUUCCCGACCUUCAACGCGCUCCGCGUUAUCCCGAACAAGCUCCUCGGCGUCCUCUCCAUGGCCGCCGUCCCGGCUGGCUUGAUCACCGUCCCGUUCCUCGAGUCGAUCAACAAGUUCCAAAACCCGUUCCGCCGCCCGGUGGCCACCACUGUCUUCAUGGUCGGCACCUUCUACGCCAUUUGGAUGGGAAUUGGGGCGACGAUGCCGAUCGACAAGGCGAUCUCCCUCGGCGUCUUUUAA